CGACGUGAGGCGCUGUGAUACGCGCAUCGCAUGCCUCCCUCUCCCCCCUCAGCCCAGGCUCUGCUGUUCAGGCUGCAAUUAGGAGCUGCUGUUUGUUCUAUCUGAUUCUCUGUGUCACUCUCCACAUCAGGGGCCACAGAGCAGACUCCAACAAGAGGAGAGGAGAGGGACUAUAACAGGAAACGUGACCAGGGGAACUGGGCUGAUCUCUGUGGCCACUGGGCUGGCCUGGAAGUCCUGAGUGCUACCCUCUGAGAAGAGAAUCAGACACGUCCACAGCCAACAGCUAACAAUACUACUGCUCUUACACUUAGGAUCGACCUGUGACUUAUACGCAUUGGACGAGCUAAAAAGGAAGAGAUCUGAAAAUAAUUCAUCUCUGAUGAUGAGACAGUCUGCAUGGAGGCAGAUGACUGGGCCAGAUAUGUGGAUGGGUCUCUUUGCCUUGGCCGUGACCCUCGGUCUAACCAUGGCUGAACAUAUGGACCAGAGGCCAGCACUCCAAACCAGCCCAGUUCUMCACAGGCACAAGAGAGAGUGGUUGUGGAACAACCUUUACGUGGAGGAGGAAAGGCCAAUCGACAAACAAUACUAUAUUGGAAAGUUAAAGUCAACUAAAGCUGGUGACAGGACACGCUAUGUCAUUAAAGGAGAUGGUGCCAACACAAUCUUCAAAGUGGAUGAAAAAGGAGACAUCUACGUCACUGAACGAUUGGAUCGAGAGGUGAAAAGCAUAUACCAUCUAAGUGCAAAGCUGCUUGAUACCAGCAACAACUUGGUGGAGGAGAAAGUGGAAGAGUUUGUGAUCCUGGUUACUGACAUCAAUGACAACGAUCCAGUGUUUACUAAAUCGUUCAACGCUUCUAUCAAAGAGAGAUCCAAAAGAGGAACUAAAGUGAUAGAAGUCACUGCCACUGAUGCAGACGAUCCAACGACGGCAAAUGGAGAACUUGCUUACACAUUAYUAGAGGGGGGAGACUUCUUCAAUAUAGACAGCACAACAGGGAUUAUCACCACCARGUAUGAGAACCUGGACCGUGAGACCCAGAGUAGCUAUGUGGUUGUGGUUCAAGCCCAGGAUCUGAGAGGACUUAAACAAGGGGGCACCGCCACCACCUCUGUCACCAUCGCAGUCAGCGACAUCAAUGAUAACAUAGCCACAUUUACCAAAAGUUCCUAUGUAUUUAGUGUGAAAGAGGACAUGAAGCGGGGACAGAGAAUAGACACCAUAGUCCUGGAGGACAGAGAUGAGAUCCAGAAUAAAGACCCAAUCUUCACCAUAGAAUCUCCAUUAGACACCUUUGAGAUGGAGCGCAGUCAGAUCAAAGAUGGCAACCUCAUGCUGAAACAGGGACUGGAUUAUGAAACCAAGAGCAGCUACACGUUCUUUGUGCACGUGAGGGAGAAUAACUUGCAGUCCCCUGCGGAUAAUAAGGACAAUCCAGUGAUCAAGGCCCAGGUGACCAUCCAGGUGCUAGACGUUGAUGAGCAGCCAGAAUUCAGCAAGAGCAUCUACAACUUUAAUGUGAUAGAGGAAAUGAUGGUCAAUAAUAUUGGAGUCGUUUCAGCCAGAGAUCCUGAUAAAGCCAACAAGGCCAUAAGGUAUUCCAUUGAGGACAAAGACAGUCCCAUUGGUAUCAACCCCAUAACUGGACAACUUUUCACAGUGAGGAAGCUGGAUCGGGAGCUUGUAGCGAAUCACAUGUUCCAGGUUAAAGCUAAGGAGGAACCAAAUGGACUGGAAUCUUUUGUGAACAUCAACAUACUGGUCAUUGAUAUCAAUGACAACAAACCAGAGCUGUUCAUUGAAGAGAUAUUCGUUUGUGAAAAUGAUAUGGCUGGCACGGUGAUUGGGACCAUAAGUGCGACAGACAAAGACGAACAUUUUCCCUCGUUCAGCUUCACAUUGGUGAAGCCGAACGGCAACUUUUCAGUCAUCGAUAACAACGACAACACAUCUAACAUAGUCCUGAAACAUGGAGGCUUCAGCCUGGAGGACUCCAGGGAUUAUGUAAUAGAGAUUGGGAUCAGCGAUGGAGGCAGGCCACCCAUGAGCAGCAUCACCUCUCUGCCUAUCAAAGUGUGCAGGUGUGACAACAAGAGGAUCCACACCCAGUGCAAAGCAGCCCAACUCAAAAUGGGUGUGGGCGUCUACACCCUGAUUCCUAUACUGUGCAUCCUGACUAUUCUGGUCAUAGUGAUCCUGAUCGCUAUGAGAAAGCGUCACCAAAAGGACGCCCUGGUCACUCUGGGUAAGAGUGAGAUCCACGAGCAGCUAGUGACAUACGACGAGGAGGGUGGUGGGGAGAUGGACACCAACGGCUACGACGUGUCCAUCCUGACCUCAGCUCGGAAUGACAGCAGCAUGAGCAUGAGGCAGGGCCCCAGCCUUUACGCCAUGGUGAAGAAACCACCAACCGCGUGCAAGGGAGACAUGGCUGUGAUGAUCGAGGUGAAGAAAGACGAAGCUGACCAUGACAGGGAUGGGAUUCCCUACGAUACCCUGCACAUCUACGGCUACGAGGGGCCAGAGUCCCUGGCUGGUAGCCUCAGUUCCCUGGAUAGUUCCUCCACGGGCUCUAGCCUUGACUAUGACUUCUUAAACGACUGGGGCCCUCGCUUCAGAACCCUGGCUGAGCUCUACGGGGUAGAUGGGUCUGAGGGAAGUGACUCCCUGUAUUGAGCACACUGAGCCUAAAGACCAGCAGGCAAGACGUCUCUCAGCUCUCUCAACUCUUCCUUUGACUAAAAGCACAUCGGGAUUAACUUCUUCCACUAAUCCGUCCAAUCAUAGCACACUAUGAUAGGGUCCACUCAAGCGUGUGGACCCUCAGUAAUUCUCUCUUCUUCUCGUUCUUUUUCCUCUUCUUCUACCCCGUUACUCCUCCUCUUACUUAUCCUUUUUCCUCUCUUUACUUUUGUUAUUAUUAUAUUAUAUUAUUAUUUUUAGUUAUUCAUUUUUAUCAGAUUACACACACAGAAAUCUGUAUACCUUCAUUUUGAUUGAUUGUGGKUUUUUUUUAUGGUUGACUAAACCAACUGUAGCUAUGUAGUGAGAGGUGGGUCCUUCAGUGAGUCACAGUGGCGUACUGAGUUGUCUUUCAGACAGAAUGACCCUUCUCAUCAGCAGCUACUAUUGCCCAGGGAGCCCGGCAGGAAGCAAUGAUAACAGAAGCUCUGAAAGAAUUAAAGUCUAUUCCCAGUUUAUUUGACAGGACUCAUCAACACAUCAAUUGUUGUGGAUAAAGCCCAAGUCUCUGAGGUCCUCUGUAACAAAAGUAUUACAACCAACUCAGGAAAUGUGAAGUAGCUCAAUAGUCCUUUGGAUGACAACAAAGUUAUCUAAAUUACUUUAACCUUUCAUCCUAGAGCUACUGCUUCAACAUACUGCUUCAACAUACUCCUUCAACAUACUGCUUCAACAUACUGCUUCAAUAUUCUUCCUCAACAUACUGCUUCAACAUACUGCUUCAACAUACUGCUUCAACGUACAGCAGUGCUUCUGCUCCAUUUGCUGAAACAGCUUAAUAUAAUGAGGGCAAUCUACACAAGUUCAAGUUGAUCAUUAUCGCUAUUGUCCUUCUUGACUGAAGACAUAGCAAAAAGAGAGCAAAGGUUUUCUUCUGUUUUAAUUAUAUUUAGAAUGUGGACUGUUUGUUGAAUACUGAAGCUUUGCCUAUUUGGGACCACUUCUCAUAAACCAUGGAUACAAUGUGUGGAAGCCAUCUUACCACUUCCCUGUCUGGAUCAUAUACAUGGGGAGCUGGACUCCCAUCCUUUUUCAAACACCAGAGUCCGCCCCUACACAUUACCCAAACAAAACACUGGAAUCAGCUUCCUGCACAUAUGUGUGUAAGGAAGCCCUCUUCCUGUCCUGUUAUCUUUUAAAGUAAAGCAACACAUUGUGGCUCGCUUCCUGUUUUCCUGCCUGGGAAAAACCUUUGGAGAGGGACAAAUAGAUGGAGAACAAUGUAAGAGCUAUGAUGACUUUAAAAACAGGCAACAUUUCAUUUCUGUGUCGCCCAUCUACCAAAGAUCAGUAUGGUGAAACAUCGGUUUACAAUAGUUGCCACUGGUAAACUGUGCUGUAAUGUUAUGUCUCCAGGACUUUCUAUAUAACAUACGUGAUCUACUUCGUUCCAUGCUAUUAAUGAUCUAUUCUAUUUCACAAGCUCUUACUGUUAGUGGUGCUCUGUAUAAUUAUCUGUAAACCUUAUGGACUAUUUUUCAAUGGCAAUAAGUAACUUGGCAAUACGGUAUUCAUGUWAUCGAGAUUGUGAGUACUGGAAAUAUAGUUGUCUACACUGUAUAUAGAAAAUGUGCCUGAAUAUGGAUGUUGGCCUCACUUCCUUUUGCGUUAUUUCAAAAUGAUUUUACUUGACACUGGUCUUUGUCUGCUGAAAGUGUAAAAUAUGUAUUUUUUUUUUACACUUGUAGUGUAAUUGAUGUGUAAUUGUGCAUUGAUUGAUACUGUAUGUAUGUGUGAGUCCGCCUGUAUAAAUUCACUCCAUUGGUUGUCAGUAUUGGGCACCAAAAUGAGAAGAGARAACAUUCAAAUGCAUUCCUUUCGUAUGCAGCUAGAUCAUUCUGUAGGGGAGCAAUGUGUGCCUUGGUUUAUGAUCAUUCUCUCGAUGGUGAACACAAUCUUUUCUAUGGUUUGUAUCGUGUAAAACAGCAACUUUUUAUUAAGUACCAAUUUUGUAUGUGUAAAAUAAACGUAGCACUCAAAUGAGAAGUACAAAAAGUGAGCUUUAUUGUUUCAAAAAAAUGCAAGAAGGAACAGAGUAAUAUUAUGCUAAAUUGAAUUUAACUGAGUUCAUUAGGAUAAUAUAGCUUUGAUACUUGCUUUAAGCCAUGGUCCGUUCUAAGGUUUGGUUUCUGUGUUUUGCUGUAAAAUAAAGAACAGUAUCGUAAUGCCUUAUUGGCCAUCUAAAUUGG